AUGCCGGACUACCUGAGCAACUUGAACCCCGAUGCGUUGGGUAUCGACGAAUUUGCCUCUCGCCUCGAUGAGUUGGACAACAUUGCUGAAUAUCAACCAAAUGGUUCUCAGCUUCAUGAUGAGUCGGCCGGAAACCACCAAUUUAAAUUCGAUUGUGCUACAACACUCUCAAUACCUAUGAUCAGUGAACCGUACCUCAGACUCUCGAUCACAAAUCUGGAAGAACACGGAACCUUUGAAGCACCAAGAGAACCAGCUACUCGGCUGGAGCAAAGCCUACAUCCCGGGAGCUGCAAAGCUGAUCCAGUCACACCCGAGCAUCAUCCAGUUCUCGGACCUUCCAAGUUUUCAUGCAUCCAAUGCAAUACGUCGUUCGAAACCCAUGCUGAGCUUAGUAACCAUGCCUUGGUCUCACAGCAUAACCCUGUUGCAUGUUCGUGCGGAGAAAGGUUUUCGCGUCCUGAUGCUCUAAACCGACACUGUAAUUCCUUUCGCAAAGACAACCGUUCUUAUCCGUGUAACUUCUGCAAGCGCCAUCGCGGUAGGAAGGCGUUCGGUCGACGAGAUCAUCUUGUCCAACACCUUCGCGGCUAUCACAAAUUCGACCAGGAGGAAAUUGACAAAAGUUGUCCCAAAUAUUUAUUUAGUCGCCAAAGAUACCAUCAGAUUCUAGUAUGUCCUUAUGCCGAAUGUGAAUAUCAUCGAGGCGAGGAGUUCAAAAGUUCCACCUGGUCUCGGUUUACCACCGACGCUCCUUUUAAGAACCAAUCCGACUAUAAACAGCACCUGAAAGACGUCCAUGAGGAUACCCCGUUCCCUUGCCACGUCGAUGGGUGCGACCGGGUUGGCCGCAGAGGCUAUAUGCGUGAGAGGGAUCUAAUGAAACAUUUAACCAGUCAACACCCAGAUGCUGCCGAGUAUUCACCGGCUCCUCGAGAGAAGACUGUAUACGAAUGCUGCGAUUGCGGGAGGCGCUAUACAAGCGCAACUGGAUUUAAGUAUCAUCACUGCAGACCGGACUCCAAGGAGAACUAGGUAAUUUACCUACCUAACUCUACCAAGCUCUCGCACGGCCGAGAUUCGUGUGCCUUGCGGACGGGCGUGUUAACUCCCGAAUGAUCUCGAAAGUUUCCAUUCUUCACUUGAUCUCCAUCGUCAUGUUAUCAAUUAUUUCCAGGUUACGAUAUUAUCCACACCCUUAUACUCCAGGUAUAUCGACGUUUGUUUUCACAAUCUUGAGUUACAUUUUUCAAUAAGAUGCACAGUCGCUGUUGCGGAGCGUCAUGGAAAUAGUUGAAUGUAAAUUUCCUAUAUACCUAUGUUUCGUUUUGUCUUUUCUUCUUUUCUCUCGUUACAUUUAACAUUUACUAUUUUCUAUGCAUACCGAAC